AUGAAAAACCCACUACACAAUCCACUGCCGGCCUCGCUUUCUAGCGAGUGCAAAAAGGCCGCUGCGAUUCUUGAAUCUUUCAUCGACCCCAAGCUCAAGAUUGAUGGAGAGAUCCCACGUAAGAUGUUUCUCAGGGCAAAGGGAAUCGCAAUCUACACAGCAUUCAGAGUCGGGUUCCUAGGCUCUGUGCGCUUUGGUUCAGGGCUGAUAGUCGCCAGACUGCCUGAUGGUAGCUGGUCUGCUCCAUCAGCAAUGGCUAUGGGUGGCAUUGGCGCAGGUGGUCAAUUUGGCGCAGAAUUAACCGAUUUCGUGUUCGUGCUGACCACGGACGUGGCAGUGAAAACAUUCAUGCAAUCAGGAUCUGUGACUCUAGGCGGAAAUAUAUCUAUGGCUGUUGGCCCUGUUGGACGCACUGCCGAAGCCGGGGGUGUUAUGGGUACUAAGGGUGCAACUGGGGUUUUCGCUUACUCCAAGACCCGUGGACUAUACGGCGGUCUCACAGUCGAGGGAGGGGUACUUGCGGAACGCAGUGAUGCGAAUAAGAAGCUCUAUAGACGCAAAAUCGGAGCGAAAGAGUUGUUGACCGGUGUAAUUCCAUCACCGCCAGAAGCUGAGCCUCUCAUGACAGUCUUGAAUGGUGAUUACUUUCAAUUAGAAUCAUCUGCCCAGCCAACUGCAGGGGAUUCGUCGCAGGCCUUUAGCCGCGGUGUUGGAACUUCAGGUCAAUCGAAUUCUGGACAGCCACAGCAGAUUGUUGCUUCCUCUCAUCACGAGGCCGUGGUUGCCGAAAUGGGUGUAGAGGAAAGGGCUAAUGCUGCAGAGUCACCUACUAAAAUACUCCAUGAUGCGCCAAUCAUCCCGGAAUUACCGAGCUUAGCUUCUCAACCGACAUCAAUUGCUGAGCCCAAACCCGAGCUCUCAUCGGCUGAUGCUGAAAUAGCCAAGAAGACCACCCUUGAUGAUUCGAAGACAGAUCCUCUAGCAACUAUGCCGAGUCUCGAGCAGGCACUGAGUACAGAGCUCCAAUACACAGUUUCUCAAGUGGGAUCUACUUCCCAAAACACUGCCAGUACUGCCAUCGGGCCAAUCGCUGAACAUCUGUCUCCCGUCCAUACAGAUGCUGAGCGAGUGGCUCAAGUCACAGAAUCGACUAAUGAUGUUAUGCUAGAUGAACUAAAGACCAAGCAACCCGAACCUGCCACCGAACGUGUAUCUGGCGAUCCAGAAUCUUCUAAAUGA